CAGAAAUUGUAAAAUCGAAACGGCGUCGUUGUCGUCGUUAGAGAAAGCACCAAAACAACACCCAAUCUUCCUUCUCUCAUUGGAAGAAAACCUCGACGGCGACGAAAGAAUGCCUGGGAUCCGAGGUCCGGCCGAGUACUCGCAGGAGCCACAUCGUCACCCUUCUCUCAAGGUCAACGCCAAGGAACCUUUCAACGCUGAGCCUCCCCGCUCCGCCUUAGUCUCAUCUUAUGUCACUCCCGUCGACCUUUUCUACAAGCGAAAUCAUGGCCCCAUCCCCAUCGUUGAUCACCUUGACAGCAGCUACUCUGUCACUCUUACUGGGUUGAUCCAGAACCCCAGGAAACUCUUUAUCAAAGACAUCAGGUCCCUCCCAAAGUACAAUGUUACUGCUACUCUACAGUGUGCCGGUAACAGAAGGACUGCCAUGAGCAAAGUUAGGAAUGUUAGAGGCGUUGGAUGGGAUGUUUCUGCUAUUGGCAACGCUGUCUGGGGUGGGGCGAAAUUGGCCGAUGUUCUCGAGCUUGUUGGGAUACCAAACCUGACUGGCUCAACCGAUUUAGGAGGCAGACAUGUUGAGUUCGUUAGUGUUGAUCGCUGUAAGGAGGAGAACGGGGGCCCUUAUAAGGCGUCAAUCCCUCUUAGUCAAGCCACAAAUCCUGAAGCCGAUGUUUUACUUGCUUAUGAAAUGAAUGGAGAGACCCUCAAUAGGGAUCACGGAUUUCCUCUAAGGGUGGUUGUCCCUGGUGUAAUUGGUGCUCGUUCGGUCAAAUGGCUUGAUUCCAUCAAUGUCAUCGCUGAAGAAUGCCAGGGAUUCUUCAUGCAGAAAGAUUACAAAAUGUUCCCACCCUCUGUCAAUUGGGAUAAUAUCGACUGGUCCUCAAGGAGGCCGCAAAUGGAUUUUCCUGUUCAGAGUGCAAUUUGCUCUGUGGAGGACGUGCAGAUGGUGAAGCCUGGAAAGGUUAGCAUCAAAGGGUACGCAGUUUCAGGAGGUGGACGCGGGAUAGAGCGAGUGGACAUAUCCCUCGAUGGAGGCAAAAACUGGGUGGAAGCUUCUAGAACGCAAAAACCAGAAAUGCAUUACAUCUCUGAACACAACUCCAGCGACAAAUGGGCAUGGGUGUUGUUUGAAGCCACCAUUGAUGUUUCGCAGACUACGGAGGUCAUCGCCAAAGCGGUCGAUUCGGCCGCAAAUGUUCAACCGGAAAAUGUGGAGUCGGUGUGGAACCUAAGAGGGGUUCUCAACACUUCGUGGCACCGUGUCCUUCUCCGUCUUGGCCACUCAAACUUGUAGACCAAGUUACCAGCAGACGAUGUGUAUUCUCUCUUUUACCCGUUCUUUCAAACUAAAAAGUUAAAAACUUCCUUAAUUUAUUACCUUUUCGAGUUGAAACUUCCUUAAAUAUGCCUUGUGGAUUUGUGAGAGCAAAGUUGGGGUUUAGUUAAAUAAAAUGAGAAAACCCAUCUGUUGUCAUGUCACAUGUGGGGUGAAUUAUAUAUUACAGUAUGCAUAUCCAGUAUUAUUUAUACAUGUAUUCAUGAAAUCA